ACAAACCGAUCAUCUUCGUGUUCAGCCUUCAGGAUUUGCUCACUCCUGUGUCUUGAGCUACAGUUUCCCCCUCAUAGGUAGCUUUCAGCCUAUUCAGGAUGGCGACAGACGUUUUUAGCUGUGAAUAUGAUGCCCCGAUGUACGUAGACUUUUCCUCCAUUGACCAGCCGUCGGAGGACGACAGGGCAGACGCUUGGUUCGAUGCUGCCGCAGCCAAGGAGGCAGGUGGAGAUGGAGGUAUGGGUGACAUGUUUGCCGAGGGACCUGAAGGUAUUCUGGACGAGGAGGAGGACGCAGAGGAGGAUGCAACUGAUGGCGAUGCUGGAACUGAUGAUCAGACAGAAGAGAUCACCACCAACGGCCACAAAGACGUUACUUCACCAGGUACUCGCUCACAUGGUAUGAUGCUGAGAAAGGGCAGCACUUCAUCAGCUACUUCCAACAUCAGCACAUCGAGCAAUGUAGCACGCAAAGCCGUGUCCAGUGCCAGUAAGAAGCCCAAACUGACCAUGCCGGAAACACCUGAUUUUGUCCGACGUGGUCGUCAGAAACUGACCGGCGCGGGUCAUGCUGUCAAGUCGUCGGAGCAGCUGGAAAUGGAGCGCAUUAACAAGAUGCGAGAGAAGCACCGCAAGGCAGUGCAGGCGUCGCAGGAGUCCUUCCGCCAGCUACAUACAACGGCCGGUUCAGCCUGUGCUGCAUUACCAAAGCGUGCCGCAGUCGCACCGACCAUCCCCGUUGGAUUCAACUUCCGCACGGAAAGUCGACUCGCGAAGAACGCCAGCAACUCUCGCCCCGCUGAAGGCACUCAGCCAGACGGAAGUGGAAAGUUUGUCCAUCAGCUUCGUUCGUACAACGCACCUAAAUCCGUGAAGGGUCCAGUAAAGGCGCGCCACGGACCUGUCAGCCCGACACAUCCCAAGCCGUUCAAGUUCCACCAGACGCGCGCACAGAGCCGCCAGGCCGACAAGGAGAACACGGUCUCGUCCGGCAAGCCGGUUGGAGCUGCGGCCAAGUACGUCAGUGCUGCGGAGCACCUUAAGAAGUUUCAGAACGCGACACCGGACCGUUACCGUACGCUGCCAAGAUCUGAAAUAAAUAAGGGACCUAUUCAGCCGAAAAAUGGAACGAAAGCGCCCGCACCCCGCAUGACAAUGCCCGUCACGCCGAAGCUUAUGUCGAAGACUCGCCAUAGACCGCCUACGCUGGAAAGUCAGGCAGAGAAAGAAGAGAAGGAGCUGGAUGAGAUCAAGGCGUACCAGUUUAGAGCAAGGAAACUUGACCCAAGGAUCAUCACGGAGAACGGCAGCUACGGCCUGCCAAAGCGCACCACACCGAAGACCACGGUGGCCGUUGCACUGCGCCUGCAGACCAGCAAGCGGUGUGACGACCGUGCUUCCAAAGACACACACGGCAACACACCGCAGAAGACGUUCCGCGCCCAGCCGAUACCGGACAAAAUGUUCGAGCAACCAAUUGGUAUUCCAGAGAAAUCAGCCGUGACUCUCACCGAUGCCAAGACGCCCAACAUUCGCAAAUGCAAGCGCAAGGCUGACGACAUCAUGGAGGCACAGGCAAAGAGAGUCGCAAGUGAAAACGAGGUGCCGCAUGGCCUCACCCCGCCAAGGAACACCGUCGUUGAGCCGUUCGACCUGCAGACGGACGUGCGUGGUGCGCACAAAGUCGAACAGUGGAGACAAAGGAUGGCUCAGGAAGAAGAGGACAGUCGACGGGCGAAGGAGUUCCACGCGCGUCCAGCCACAGUGGUGUACGAGGCGCCAUUCGUCCCCGAGCCGGCACAGCGAGGCCCCAUCGUUACCGAUGACGUCGUACUGCACUCCGAUGUGCGAGCGGAGAAGCGCCAGGAGUUUGACUGCAUGCGCAACGAGAAGGAGCUGGAAAUGGCGGAGGAGCAGCACCGGCGCAAGAUGGAAAACGAGGAACGGGAACGUGAAGAGGUUGAGCGCAUCCGUGCUGGCAUGGUGCACAAGGCAAAGCCAGUACGUCACUACCGCACUGUGGAAGUCAAGCCCAGCGAGCGGCCUCUGACCAAGCCGACCUCUCCGGCGUUCAGCCAUCGCAUCACAGAGAAGUAUCACCGCGGCCGCACACCGCACUGAUCCGCUACAACGUCGUAUUGCUGCUGCUUCCCAGGUAGUAUGGUUGGCAAUGGGCCGUGCCCCUUGCGAAUAGCAUAUGCCAAUAGGACAUCUCUCUCUCUCUCUCUCUCUCUCUCUCUCUCUCUCUCUCUCUCUCUCUCUCUCUCUCUCUCUCUCUCUCUCUUUCUCUCUCUCUCUCUCCUAGCCUGGGCAGUGUGCGCUGUGACCUCUAUUCAACUUCUUUGUCUAUCGCUGCUCUGAUCAUUCUGCGACUCGCUCAUGCAGACCUGCACCAGUUCCGCGAAGUCUACGUAGAUGCUUUCACUGCUCCACCGUACAUGUGUGUGUGUGGGUGUGUGUGUGUGGUGUGGUGUAUGCAGCGAUGUUACAUCAAAGUAGCUGCAAAAAGAGAAAUAGCUCGCUUUUCACCUGGUAGUUUUCGCUCGCUGUCAUCUCCCAUUGAUACUUCCCGCAUUGCAACCGCCCUUGUUCCCCCGCCUCUUGCCCCCCCCCCCAACAGUAUCGACCAGCUAACGAACGAACGUUUAUCAUUAUAAUCGUGCAUGUUGCUCUGGCUUUCUCUCCUCUAUUGUACCUUUCUAAUAUCCAUAACAAUCAUAACGCCACUCAUGACAUCACCGCACGAAACAACAUGAAAUCUUUGGCCACUCCUUCCUCGCCCCAUUGUUUCUUUUUGAUCUGCUUCACCUAUCGCAUAGAAUUUGUGUCCACUUUGGCUGUAUUGGUUACACACGUCUUGACAAGACUAUUUCCUGUGCCUCCCCUGCCAACCCCCGGCUCGUUAUGCACACCGGCAGGCACAUGAUUUAUUUGUUCGUGUUGUGUUUGUUCCUAUCUUCUUUUUUCUGGUUUUCAUACUCGUCUGCAUGGAAAUUAAUAAUAUUAUUUUUAGCUCUAGGUUAAAUGCACUGUUUGUAGUAGAAUUACGGCUUACUCGGAUCUAGAUGUUGUUUUGGCGUUGAAGUGCUGCUGACUCUGUAUGACUACCGUACUGUGCGCGCUUGUAUAAUGCUGCACUUUGUACAUAUCUCUCGAACUGCAUAACGUCAAGUAACCAUUCUAACGUGA